AUGCAGAGGAUGUCAUCAACACUCCCACUGAAGAAGGGCUAUCACUCCAUAGUCCUCCUCGGCCUGAUUGACGCUGAUUAUAAGUUCAUGUGGGUGAAAGUUGGUGCCUCUGGCUCAUGUUCAGAUGCCCAGAUCUGGAACCAGUGUGAUUUGAGGGAACACAUCAGGGAUGAAACCAUUCACAUACCACCAGCAGACCCUCUUCCUGGCGAUGCCAGGGAUACCCCCUGGUUCAUCAUUGCAGAUGAUGCCUUUGCCCUCCGCAGAUGGCUGAUGAAACCAUUCUCCAAACGCAACAUGGGCCAUUAUGAGAGGGUGUUCAAUUACAGACAACCUAGGAGUAGGAGAGUAUUUGGGAUCCUGGCUAACCGGUUCCAGUGUCUAUUCAGCACCCCCAAGCAAUGA